GCCGCUCUCGCGAGAUCUCGCCGUCCUCUCGCGGGACCUGCCGUCCGUUGCUCGGAGACGCCGGUGCCGCCGCCAUGGGACCCAGAAGGAGAGGGAAAGGGGGCAAGGGCCUGGCGGUGGUGGAUGGCCUGGACCCGGAGGAAAUGACCAAGGAGCAGCUGCUGCAGCACAUGCUGCGGAUGCGGCAGGAGCUGGACCGCGAGCGGCAGGAGCGGAACUCCUUCCAGCUGGAGUGUAACCGCAUCCAGGGCUACUGGGAGAUCACCCGCCGCGAGCUGGAGGAGAGGAAGGCGGAGCUGCGCGCCCGGGACCGCGAGAUGGAGGAGGCGCAGGAGCGGCACCAGCUGGAGAUCAAGGUGUACAAGCAGAAGGUGAAGCACCUUUUGCACGAGCAGCAGGAGAACCUGACGGAGCUGAAGGCAGAGGGAGUUCUGUCCCUGAGGAAGGCCCAGAAGGAUCACUGGGAGCAGGAGGAGGAGAUGUGGAAGGAGAAGCACUCCUUGAAUGCAAGAAUGAAGGAGCAGGAGUUGGCCAAUGAAGCAGCCAUCUCAAAGCUCUGCUUGAAACACGAGGAGGAGAUGUCCCGGCUGCGCAGUGACUUCGAGCUGCAGACCAAAGAGAUGGAGGCCAAGUACACGAGGAGGAUGCAGGCACUGCGGGACGAGCUGGACCUGCGGAGGAAGACAGAGAUCCAUGAGCUGGAGGAGAGGAAGAACACCCAGAUCAGCGAGCUGAUAGGGAACCACGAGGGGGCUUUUGGUGCCAUCAAGAACUACUACAACGACAUCACCGCCAAAAACCUGACCCUCAUCAACCUCCUGAAGGAGCAGGUGGAAGAGCUGAAGAAGAAGCAGGCUGUGCUGGAAAAGGAGAAGGCAGAUGUGCUGCGUGAGAACAAGGGGCUGGCAGAGCCACUGCACGAGGCCCAGGAGCAGGUGGCUGAGCUGCAGAGGAAGCUGGUUAACUAUUACAGGGACAAGGAGGCCCUGGUGAACUCCAAAGCCCAUCUGAAAAUCGCUCAGAAGGAGCUGAAGGACCUUCAGUGCGAACACGAGGUGCUGGAGCAGCGGUUCAGUCAGGUCCAGUCGGAGCGGGACGACCUCUACCAGAACUUCACCAGAGCCAUUAACGAGGUGCAGCAAAAAACGGGCUACAAGAACCUGCUCCUGGAGCACAAGCUGCACAGCCUCCUCUCCCUCCUGGAGCAGAAGGAGGUGGAGCUCAGCGAGAUCCUUGCAGCCGCCGACCUCGACCCCAGCGCUCUCUCCUUGGUCUCGCACAAGCUGGAGGACGUGCUCAAUUCCAAGAAUGCCACCAUCCAGGACCUGCAGAUCCAGCUGGCCAGAGUCUGCAAGGCACACAACGACAUGCUGCAGACCUUCGAGGCAAAGCUGACAGCCUUUGGCAUCCCCCUGGACAACCUGGGUUUCCAGCCACUGUCCUUCCCCCUCCCGGGGCAGGAACUGGGGAAGGGCCCUGCUGGACUCGUUUCAGUGCCCACCUGAUGCUGGCAGCACGGAGGGUCCCACUGGCACACUGGCAGUGGGGCUGUGCCCUUUUCCUGCUGCAUGUCUUUAAACAGACGCCAGUGAGCAUCUUCAGGAACCUCUCCUGCCAAGGGGGACCACAGCUGGAGGGCUGCAGGCAUCCCACCCACCCCACCAUGCUGCCCCUGGGGCUAAUUCUGUUCCCACAAAAGUGGAAGGUGAUGUUUUGAGACAAA